CCCUUCUCAUAGACAAACAGUAAGCAAAAUGGAUACUUUCAAACCAGCAGAGCUUAAACGGGACCCAAGGCUCGUACUACCAAAGAUGCAUGGUCUCCAAAAUCUGCUUCUUAUACAAGACAUCGCCGCAGAAGAGGAGUAUAUAGUGCCUUAAUGGACCGAGAUGAAGAAAAGUUGACCAACUCCUGGAGGAAAUUAAUCUGUUUUAAGACAAAAGAAAGUAUUUUCUGUUGUGGUGUGCAGAUAAAGCUAGUUUAAACAUCAAUUUUCUUUUUUGUCUCGAGUCCUGCUGUUUUAUGGAGAACCCACUUUAUUGUAAACAUCAUUAUUACACACUUUUCUUUCUUUCUUUCUUUUGCUUUCUUGUUUUGUCUUUUCUUUUCUUAGAUAAACUUUCAAAACUUACAGAACAAUGCUACAAACAGAAUGAUUAAUUAUAUUUUGUUUUAAAUGAAUGAAUGAAUAAGUAGAAUAAUAUAUGAAAACAAAGACGAACAAAAAUUUUGUAGUUUUCUUAUUUUGUAUACUUUGCAUACAUUAUGGACGCAUGACCUCCGUUGACCAAUCAUUUUGAAGGUAAACAAAUGAGCUGCUGCUGCGCGCGUGUUGGGUCGGUCAGUAGCGAGCAGAGCAGAGCAGAGCGAGGGCGUCAAUGAAUGACCCUUUCUAGCGAAAUAUGCAGUCUGAACGGCAAGCACUGGAUGUGCAUCUGGUAUUUUGGACCUAUGGAACAUCAUCCUAAACUCAUAUUGUUCUUAUACUCCUGAGAGAAAUGGGGAACGGAAUGUCAGAGCAACCCAACUUUCUAUCCAGUCUUCCGUUCUGUAAUUCUCUUCACAUCGCUAUUCUCGGUCUGGACUUUGCAGGCAAAACGACGGUCCUGUACCGUCUGCAGUUCAAUGAGUUUGUCAACACUGUCCCCACCAAAGGUUUCAAUGCAGAGAAAGUCAGAGUAACUGUUGGGGACUCACAAACAGUGACGUUUCACUUUUGGGACGUUGGCGGCCAGGAGAAACUGCGCCCUCUUUGGAAGUCCUACACACGUGGAACAGAUGGCAUCAUGUUUGUUGUGGACUCUUCGGAUGCGGAGAGAAUGGAAGAGGCGAAGACGGAGCUUUACAAAAUCGCCCGAUCCUCUGAAAAUCAAGGAGUGCCUGUGUUGGUUAUUGCUAACAAGCAGGACUUGAGACAGGCUCUGUCACUGUCACAGAUAGAGACCAUGCUGGCUCUCAAUGAACUGGGACCCUCUACGCCGUGGCACCUGCAGUCCACCUGCGCCAUCAUUGGUGACGGACUCAAAGAGGGACUCGAAAGACUUCAUGACAUGAUCCUAAAACGAAGAAAGAUGCUCAAACAACAAAAAAAGAAAAAGUAGUAAUGUAUUCUAUAAAAGGGGGGGAAAAGGACAAUACAAGUUGAUAGGACAAUACAAGUUGAUAGUUGCAAACUGUCAUUUUUAUGUGCCCAGAGUUGGUUAGAACUGAAAAGUUGUUUACUUUCUUGUUUACUACUCUAGUUGUUUACUAUCUGUCAUAGACCUAGAAAUAAUAUAAACCUAAUAUAAAGAUUUUUUUAUUACCCUGAAAGGUGAUUUGUGUUGAAGGUUUUGUUUAAAUUUUUUAUUUGCAAUAAAAGGGCUUUCUGUGUGUAUUCUAAAAGGGCCAUAUGUAAUAUUUUAUCACGUAUACAGUACGUCUGCCAAAUCUUGUGUCAUUUUAGGGUCAGGUAUUAAGGUGUGAAAGGAAUAUCUCACCCAGCAAUGAAAACCUGGUAAUGAAAACCUAUUUCAAUUAUUUUAUGUUCAUGUUGUUCCCUGAAUAAUGACUUGAAUUUCAUUCGGUUUUUUGCAAAAAACUAUAGGGAUGCACAAUAUCAGUAUCAUAUCAGUUAACGUUCAAGAUUUUUAUUGGAUAUUUAAUUUUUGCAUGCUCUUUAUUUUACAUUUAGAUUAUAUUUGAAGUCAUCUAAUGCUUACUUCAAGUUAAUCUUUAAAAACACUAAAAAUUUAAUAACACUGUUAAAUGUAAACUUCAGCAAAUCAAUUGGAAUAUACAUUUUUAAUGCUGUACAUUAUAAUGUUGUGGUGCAUAAAUGUAUUGAUUUUAUUUAUUUAUUUAUUUUUUUUAAUUAAAUAUUUUGGUAAAGAUUUGUAAUAUAGAUUUAGCGAUAAUUGUCCAUAAUAUUAAAAUAAUUAUUAGCUAAUUUAGCUAUAAAAUAAUGUUAAAAUAAUUAUUAGCUUAUUAGUAUUAGUAUUUUAAUAUUGGUGGGUUGCUAAUUAUAUGCCAUUAGAAAAUGUAUAAUGUACAGCAAAAGUUAUAUGGAUUGCUUUUUGAUAUCUUUAUGGUGCCUUUGUGACACUUUUGGAGGAUUAAUGAUUCAAUCCAUAUUCAUUAUAAUUGUUAAGUCUUUUGUGUUUCACAGAAGCAAGUCACACAGGUUAGUGAGUAAAUGACAAUUUUUUUAUUUUUGGUUGAACUAUCCCUUUAACACAUUCCUUUAAAAAAACAGUGAUUGGAGCCUUGUACCGCCACAUUCUUCUUUGGUAAGGUGAGAAUAAAAAGCAAAUGCAUACAUUACAAAACCUUAGGCCCCUCUGUCUGUUAUCAGAUUAGAAAUGACCCUUCACCUAUGAUGCAUUCACUUUUGCAGCCAUCAGGAACACUGAAGAGCUCAACUGGAAGGGGAUUUGUAGGAUUUAUCUGCUGUGUAUCACAUGCUCCUCUAAAUUCCAGUCCUGCCUCGUAAAUCCAGAGUGACUGGGACUCUUCCCUCCCCGUUCCAUUAAUGUCAGUAAUGCUGAGCUGGGAUGGUGACAGACUGGAAAAAAUCUGCUGUGCAGUUCCCAUUCCCACACUUUCGCUAGACUGAUACUGAACUACAAGUCAGUAUCACACCUGCAGGCUUUGGAAACCUGUUGGUUCACUGUCUUUUUAUCUCACAAUCCUGACUUUUUUCCCUCACAAUUCUGACCUUUUUCUAGAAUUUUGAGGUUUCAUCUUGCAAUUCUCACUUUUUCUGUUUUUUUCUGGGGUUUUUUUUUUUUUUUUUA